AUGGGGAUCGUUGAGAAGAUUUUGAUAACCCUCAGUGAUAAGUGGAACUACAUUGUUUGUUCCAUUGAGGAAUCCAAGGAUAUAGAUCAGCUAUCAGUGGAUGCCUUGCAAAGUUCUCUGCUCGUUCAUGAGCAAAAGUUCAAAGUAAGUGGAGAAGAUGAACAUGCUUUGAAGGUAACUCAUGAACAGAGCUAUGGUGGAAGAGGACGAGGAAGAACUGCUUUCCGAGGAGGCCGGGGACAAGGCAAAGGCAGGAGUAGCAAACCAAGGAGUAAGGAAACAGUUGAAUGUUACAAGUGUCAUAAGCUUGGACACUACCAGUAUGAAUGCCAAGCAAAUUAUGUUGAUUUGGAGGAAUCUGAAGAGAUGGUGCUAAUGACAUAUGUAGACACAUUCAGAGGUUAUCGAGAUGUUGUGUGGUAUAUUGACUCUGCGUGCAGCAAUCACAUGUGUGGUGAUUCAUCACUCUUUUGUGAGUUAGAAGAAGGGUUCAACAAGGUGGUUAGAUUGGGGAAUUAUGCAAGCAUGAACGUUGUUGGAAAAGGAAGUGUUCGAUUGAAUGUAAAAGGAGUAAAUUACCUUGUACGGGAUGUAUAUUAUGUGCCGGGUUUGAAGAAGAGUGCUUCCAAGUAA